GCUCCAAAAAAAGAAAGGAAGAAAUUUUUUAAAAAGCUGGAAAAAAGGACCUGCCACCUUCAGCUUCUGCACAGGAAAUGCUACACUAAUGGAGCUGAGCUGCAUCCCUCGUGCAGAUAAAAGAGGCUCCCCCACACCAGAGAUACCUCUCCAUGCAUCCUCCCGAUCGCCAGGCAGGCAGACCCCCCACGGAAGCCCUAAGGCAUCCGGCCCCCUCCUCCUGAACCCCACAGAACAAGCCCAGGGCACUGCCUGGCCACAGAACCUCCCGUUGCCGUGUGACAGGAGGGUAACCAAGGCGAUGGGCAACAAUGGAGAACCUGAGAUGAGGGGCAGCCACAGAGGGGCCCCUGGGAGCUCUGGGGCAGAGUGGAAGAGCGUGUGGUGGGGGAGAGAGGGGGGGGCGACAUGUUCAACCUAUGCAGAGACGUCCAGGAAUGCUCCCUCCCCAGCUGGAAGGUGGAGCCAAAGUACUCGACUAAAGUGCUGGUUGGAAACUGGGGAGAGGAGAGGAGAAGGGUAAGAAUGGGGGGGGGGGGCACAGGAAUCCCGGGUUUCCCAAAGGGGGAGCCCGGCCUGUGGGCGAUCUCGGCUUGUUCCAGUGACGGCUGUCUGUCUGGGUCGUUUCAGUUUGUCCGUGAGAACGAGGGGACGGGUCUGAGCACCUUCAAACAAGACUUUGUCCCUUUCCCCACGGGGGCCCCCGACAGAACCGUCAUGCGGAGGUUGAUGAAGCGGCUGGAAGGUCUGCCAAGGAAGUAUAUCUUGACCCACUGUGAAGAGCCCAGGCAUCAGCACCUGGUCUCCCAGUACGAAGACCAGUACAACAGGCACGGCCACAACCCCCACCUGCCUCCCCUCCGCAAGUGGGACCGGCACAAACUGGCCUGGACGCCAGAGAAAUCAGACUACCCCCUCGUUGAGCCCCCAACCAGCUACGGACUUCUGGAGCACUUGAUGGAAACCUGGCACCGCAAAGAGCCGGGAGUGGGCGAGAGCACCUACCACAGCUCCUACCCCAAGCCUCCCGCCUCGGCCUACGCCCCUCGCCAGCGGCCGGACGCCAGGCGCAUCCUGCAGCAGAGCCGCAAGCAGUGGCUGCCUAGAAGCCUGGAUGCCCCCGCCUGAGAAGGGCAGAAGCCCCCCGGG